CGACACCCAGAAGCCCCCGCGCUCGCUGGUGCCUCCUCCGGCGUCGCUGCUUUUGCUGUUGAGGGGCCUGCGGAAGCAGCAGCGAGGGAAGGGCUCGUCCCGGCCCGCCGCCGCCGCCGCCGCCGCCAUCGCCAUGAAACUCCGAGUACGGCUGCAGAAGCGAACGGCUCGGCUUGAGUUGCCAGGGGCGGAGCCAACCCUGGAAGAUCUGCGUGCACGCCUGUGUCAGACCCUCUUGCCCGCUUGGGGUUACAGUUCUAGUACCCAAUUUGCAAUAACCUUGAACAACAAAGACUCCCUGUCUGGGGACCAGGAAUCUCUAGCAUCAUUUGGAAUUGUUUCAGGAGACUUGAUAUGCUUGAGGCUGGAAGAUGCUAAUGCAACACCCACUUUACCUACAUCCCCCUCCUCCACUUCAGCCGUAUAUCACAACCAACCCAGUAGCACAGAAAAUGAAAGACACAAUGGGCACGUAGAAGACAGUCAGGUCCAAGAUAAAGAUCAGACGGAUGACAAUACGGCAGGAUCCAGCCAAGAGUUUGCUUCAGAGAUGGUCUCGGAUGUUCCUGAUCUCCAAGAAUCUGAGGGCUCUUAUCCUCUGGAGCCGAUGUUGUGUUCUGAAGCUACCGACGGGCAAGUGCCACACUCUCUCGAGACCCUCUACCAUUCUGCAGAGUGUGUCAGUGCUAAUGAUGCUUUAAUAGUUCUGAUUCAUCUUCUCAUGAUGGAGACGGGCUAUGUACCUCAAGGGACGGAAGCAAAAUCAGUGUCCAUGCCGGAGAAGUGGAGAAACGGCGGAGUUUAUAAACUACAAUAUACUCACCCUCUCUGUGAAGAUGGCUCUGCUGCCCUGACUUGCGUGCCUUUGGGGGACUUGAUUGUUGUCAAUGCAAUGUUAAAAAUCAGUGGCGACAUUAAAAGUGUGAAGAGACUGCAGCUUCUGCCAACAUCCUUUGUUUGUUUCCAAGACUCAGCAAAUAUCACUGGAGUGUAUAAAGAUCUUCAGAAAUUAUCUCGUCUUUUUAAAGAUCAGCUGGUGUACCCUCUUCUGGCAGCUGCUCGUCAAGCUUUGAAUUUACCAGAUGUAUUUGGCUUGGUGGUCCUCCCCCUGGAACUGAAACUCCGGAUUUUAAGACUCCUGGAUGUCCGCUCGCUCAUCUGUCUGUCUGCUGUUUGUCGUGACCUCUACACAGCCGCAAAUGACCAGCUGUUGUGGAGAUUUGUGUACCUGCGAGAUUUCAGAGAUCCUGUUUCCAGGCCCCGAGACACAGACUGGAAGGACUUGUACAAGAAGAAAUUGAAGCAGAAGAAGGAGGCCCUGAGGUGGAGGCAUAUGAUGUUUCUGCCCCCUCCUCCCCUUCCGAUCCCAUUUCACCCCAACCCACUUUAUCCUAACCCUUUCCCUCCUAAUCCUCUUUACCCCCCAAUGAUAAUCGGCGGCGAAUAUGAUGAAAUGCCAACCCUUCCAAUUAUUGGCGACCCAAUCAACUCGCUCAUUCCUGGCUCAGAGGAGAUACCAAGUCUGUUCCCUCCACUACAGCCACAUUUUGAUCCAAUGGGGUUUGUUCCAUGUCCCGGUUUCCCCCUCCCUGGGAGAGCUGGCUUCAGUGACAGAUUCCCCCCUAGGCCCAGCCGGGGCCGCCCAGUUGAUGGUCGCCGUCCAUUCAUCUGAUGACUCUGACCACCAAGAGUUUUAAACCUCCUCUCCCUGGGCUUGUGGUUUGAACUAUAUAGGAUAUUCAGCUCUGGGGCCUCCCAGUGUCUUUCUUCUAAUUAGGGCGAUACAUAGGUACUACGGCAUCUUGACUCCAGGGACUGGGCCGAAUAACUUGGUGCGAAUAACUAGCGCUGCUUUCCUCAGAACUGGAGAUCCUUUCAGGAGGAGCUCUGUGGAGACGCUUUGUUCUUUCUUUUUGUAACCAUCUGUGAAUUGCUUCUUAGAGAACAAAACCUGGAUGGCCUUUGCUGCCUCAGAUAAAGAGCAGUUUAAGCACAAACAUUCUGUUAGUCUCCAUUAAAUGCCUGCAAUUAUUAUUUUUUUCUUCCAUAACUGGUCUGAUUUUUUAAACGUCGCUUCCACAAGCAGCAAGCUUUCUGUUUUAUGCAACUUUCUGUCAUUGGAAGCCUGGGCUUUCCAUAAGAUGGAUGACUUAAUUGUUCCUCACAGGCACCUUUUGUUUAAGAAUUUUUCAUUCUCUUUUUAUUACUUGAAAAGCAGUUUUGAUACUGGGGGCUUUGAUGCACACAGGACACAGGAUUAAGUUUUUGUUUUGUUACACUGGAAAGAAUAAAACACUGAACAUUUCAUCCUACAAAACAGCUGAAUAAAAACAUGCCACAGUGUAACCCAGAAUCUGACCAGAACAAUGAGCAAGAAUGCCAAAAGCACUGAACAAGGAUAUUGCCUUUCUGCCUCAAGAGAGUUCUGUGGGUUCCAGGAGAAGGCUUUUAUAUAAUGAAAUGGCAAUGACCAUUGUGCAGUCAAGUAAGAAGCUCUGUACCAACAGUGGAAGUGAGGGAGACAGGUUUCAUUGUCACCUAAUUUUGCUUAUGAUUUCAUUACACUGGUACUUGGGAUACUUUCUCAUCCUGUUCCAUAACUUUGUUUAAUGGACACCCAGAGGCAAUACCUGUAAUUCUAAAUGGUCAUAAAGUCAA